UAUACCCUAAUCAUUGUUUCGCCAAGAACCCUAUUCUCGGAUGGGAGGAGGACACCAUCACGCCGCCCAGGUCCCCGCGAGCUUGGGCAGGGAUCUACGCGCUUGUCUUCGAUGCCGCCUUGUCAAAACCUACGAUCAGUUUAACAAGAAUGGCUGCGAGAAUUGUAAGUUCUUUCACAUGGAACAGGAACACGAUCGAAUUCUAGAGUGCACUACUGUGAAUUUUUCCGGGCUUAUAUCCUCGAUGGAUCCAACUGGGAGCUGGGCAGCUCGAUGGUUGAGAAUAAGCAAAUUCGUUCCUGGCUGCUACGCCCUGGCUGUCUCGGGCGUUCUCAACGAAGAUAUGCAGAACAUCUGCGAAGACAAUAACAUCAAGUACGUUCCUCGGUGAGCAGCCGAUGAUCGCAAGCACAGGAAAAAAAAAAAUUAGAAGAUCACAGAUUCAGAGGAGAAAACAGUGAGAAAAAUGUGAAUUUUGUCUUUCUCCGCUACUUAUUACGCUACUUGAUAAUGAGAUAAGUAGCCUCGCCUUUUACAAGAAA